AUUUAAAACAAACUUACAUUCCAUUGAGAGCCAGUUCGUAAAGUAUUUCACUAUGUAGUUAUACGGAAAAUAAAUACGAAGUUAUGACACAGAAUCAUGUUUUAUUUCAAUGCUUUGGAUUUCUAUCAGCUAGCAGCAUCAUUAUUAUAAGCUUUAUUUUUAAAGAUUCUAGGUAUAUUAAAAAUAAUUUCUAUAACAAUGAGAGUCUUAGAAUAAUAGCCUAGUUAUACAUUUCAUAAAUGUGGUAUUGAUCUCUGCUUGCACAACCUAAAUUAACUGAAAUAUCACUUUGCGAUUCGACGGCUGUUUGAUGUUUGCCUAGGGAAAACAAGUCUGACAUCUUCCAUCGAUUUGGCUAUAUAUACUCCAGUUUCGCCCAGAAAGAAGCACACUAGUCCCAACACCUGAAGAAUCCACUAGAGAUGCGCUCGCAGAUUGUUAUCUUCCUUGCCAUCGUGGCCUUUAUUUCGACUUCCUGGGCCGUUGAUCCUGCCACUGAUCCGGCUACUGAUCCUGCCACCGAUCCUGCCACGCCCUCUACCCCUACACCCACGACACCCACCUCCCCCACCACUCCCACUUCGCCGUCGGCAUCUGGAAGCAGCACCACCGCAGCCACCACCGUGACUGCCACCACCGUGGCUCCCACAACUGUGGCUCCCACCACAAAGGCACCAAGUAAGAAGACGGCUACCGUUGUCCACUACAAGAGGAAAACCAAAAGGCCAAAGAAGCGCCAAACGAUCCGUCACUCACGCGAAGGCAAGACGAAGAACCGAUCCCGUCGGGACUAAGAAGGAUGCCUCGUUUUGAGCACCUAAAGAUCUAGUUGAAGGACCCACACGCACCUUGUUAACCCUAAUUAUAUUUUACUCUUAUUAAGUUUGCAAUAUUUUAAUUAAAUAAUAAUUUA